AGUGUGUGUCACGCUAAGUGGUGAAAAGUGACUCUGGCUGAGCCUCAAGAGGGUCACACACCAACAGUUUUUCCGCCUCUUCGUGUGAGUAACCUCUUGAGAAAAAGUUUGAGCCACUCUUGGUUGGAGUGAAGAAAGUCGUGAGGCUUCUGUGACUCAGUGUGUCGCGAAAUUGACGGUCUUUCUCUCAGUGUGUGUCAAUGGACUCACGAAUCCUGUAGAGUCCUUGGAACUCAUCUGUGCGCGGUGAUGAGAUAUUGAGAUGCAGCGGCGUCAAAUUAUCCACUUAAUCAAUUAAUUACGCGUUUAAUUAGGAAAUCUGUGUGCUAUUUGUGUUGACUCUCGCGGAGAGUGAGGAGAUUCUCGGAAAAAGAGAAUCACAGCGUCAACAAAUCGUCAACAUAAAUACGGGUUUGCGGAGAAGUGCGAGAGUGAGUGAGAGGGACGAGCGAGUUGGAGGAAAAAUCGGGGUGUAGAUCGUUGAUUGGCAGUGCUAGAUCUAGUGCUAGAUCUGUGCUAGGUCGUCUGUGUGGAAGUGUGAGCCGAGAAGUCGCUGCGUCCGCCAGGCGAGAGGAGAGAAAGGAAUACCUGUGUGAGAUUCCAAUAGGGUUUUGGAAGUUGUGUGGGCAAACUACAAAGGUAUAUUGCCCUGGAGUGUGUGGCGAAGAACCAGCGCGAGAGAGAGAGAGAGUGAAGUGCGUGUGAUGGUCAAUGAGGCAACAAUUGGAGUAAAAAGUGGUGUUUGGCAGUGAUAUAUAAUAUUGUCAAGCUGUGGCCCGAGAUAAAUUCAGUUAUUAUGUGGCUGGGAAAUGAUGGAAAUUGAUGUGAAACAGAGAAAUCAGCGAAUACGAAGACGGGUGAGGGCUCAACGCAUGCAGGCUGAGAGAGACCGAGACGUCGUCGAUGGGGGCGACCCCGAUAGUGCUGAGGAGGAGCAAAUUGCAGCACGUGAGAAGCCGGCGAGGCCCCCAUUGCGACGGAAGAAACCAAAGGAACCAGCUCCACUCCUUGAGGAAGACAUCAUUGAUGGUUUUGCCAUCUUGGCUUUCAAGUCCUACGAAGAUUUAGAGUACGCUAUAAAAAUUGCCAACAAACGCAACGAGAAGAGAUUAUCGGCCAUCGCUGAGCUCACAGCUUUGGCCAAUGUGGAUGAGAAGCCGCCCAAGAUUGAUACUGGACAGCGAGAUAAGGACCGAGAUCGCGACAACAGAGACAGAGAGAGAGACUGGCAGUACCAAAAUCAUCACAUCAACAAUAAUCACAGCAAUCAUCAACAAGGCAAUCUGGUGGUUAAUCAUUUAUCACAUAAUUCAUUAACAAUAGCACAAGACCCGGGAACUUCUGAUGACAGUGGACGAGCUUCUGAGAGAUUGACGACGUCCUCUGUGGCUCCCCGUGAUGCGGACAGUUCAAGAGAUCGACUAAGUGAUGCAAGUAGUAGAUGUAGCUCCGGGAAAGGAUAUAUCUGUGAUAGCGAAGGAGACGAUGAUAAGGGUUCUGAUGGAGGGUCUGUGGUCUUCGCGUCAACUCCGACUCAAGUCACAACUGCAGCUCCCAGUCCGGCGGCGCCUAGGAAAUCGGAUUUCCCAACCACUGGACUGCCGCUCAGCAACGGGCCACUGGGGCUGGGAGGCAGCGCCAGUCCGGUGCCGGUGCCCCCGGGACCGGGACCCGCUCCUCCGGCCCCCUCGCCGGCUCCAGCCGCCCUGCCACCUCCGAGUCUGCCGCCACCAUAUCCGACACCAAUGCAGGUAUCAAACGGCCCGAUAAGCACACACCUGACACCAAUAUCGAAUCCACAGCAGGCGCCGCCGCCGCAGCUGGCUGGGAAGCCGCUGACGGGCAGCAGUGGAAAGCUGCCGCCGGUAUGCGCGGCGGCGGGGGGCCAAGUGGCUCCUUCGGUGGGCAAGCAGCCGCCGCAGCAAAUGCCGUCGCCGCAACAGCAGCCGCAAUCACCUGUGGCUCCUCAGCCGCCCGCGCCACAGGCGCCGGCGUCGGGGAAGCCGCCCUCGAUGGCGGCCGUGGGGAGUUUGAUGGGCGCCACGGCGGGAGCGCCGCUCACCACCAUCGCCAACGGCUACUCGUCAGCCAUUCCACCGAUCUCCACGUCCACACAUCCCAUCUCCACGCCGCGCAUCACGUCGCCGGGCCUGGCAACGGGACAGCAGGUGGCGGGCGCGCAGCCGGCAUCCCUGCCAGUGGGCGUUCCGCAGCCGCCGCCGGCCACGGCGCCCACGGCUCCACCUCCGGCCACGCUGCCUCCGGGCUUGGACAGUGCGGCCGCGGCGAGUGGGCGGACGAACAGCCCGGCGGUGGCCACGAGUGCGGUGCUGUCCGCCGCGGCGCCGGCUGUGAAUGGCAACAGCAGCGCUGUGACGUCCAUCGUGGCCACCAACAGCAGUAUUCCGGCGGUCUAUCGGUCUGGAUAUCCCAAUUAUCCGCUGUACGCGCCGUACAGCAACCUCCAUCACAGUCCGUAUCUGCCGCCGGCGGUGCCCUCGCCCACGGCGUCACCGCGGACGGCGGGCGAUGUGGGCCGCACCGGGGCGCCGGGACGGGGUGAAUCGCCCCUUGUGAUGUCAGCCGCGGCGAAGCCCGUGCGCCCCGUGACGCCCAGUUCAAAUGGCAGCGCCACAGCAGGACCGCCGCCGCAUGUGUCGGCGCCCUCGGCCAGCGCCACGCCACUGGUGGCCAGGACACACUCACCACGAGGGCACAGCCCAACUCGAGAACGUGAUAGCUAUAGUAGCAAUGUUAGUAGUCUCUCUCGAUCAUCGGCAACACCCGGAUCGGCGCCGUACAGCGGCGGCAGCUCGAGUGGUGUCCAGCCGGGACCAUCGCCAGCCUUGUACAACACGGCCGCGGGAGCCACGCAAUCUCCAUUGCCACCAGCGACAGUUGGUGUAUCUUCUAGUCUCUCUUAUCCCAAAAGUACACAAUCCACAUGGUCAAGCACUCAACUGUCUCCGGCCACAAAUACAUCACUGACGAGGCCUACACCACCUCCAGUUCCGGUGUCAAUUCCAUCACUUCACUCCUCUUCGGUCGCCACAACGCCAACAUUUCCGCCACCUCUGUUCGCCGCUCCGCUCCCUCCGCCCGCCGUCACGACAACGGCCGCUGCGCCCCAUCCCUUCAGUGCUGAAUCUCUCUUUCAAUCAAAUCAAGCAGAUCUCCUGCGUCGUGAGCUGGACAAUCGGUUUCUGGAUCGCUCGGGUCUGAGCGCUGUGCCACCGUCGCCGUACUUGAGGCAGGAAUUGCACCAUCACCAGCACCAGCACACGCACCUGCAUCAGCAUCAGCAGAUCAUUGCCAGCACCCCGUCGGCCCCGGCGCCCCUCUUUCCGCCGCCCAUCUUCAAAGACAUCCCCAAGAUGGGCGCCGUGGACUCGCCUUUCUAUCGCACGGGCCUGGGCAUGCCCACCUAUCCGGGCUACAGCCCAAGCCUUCUGCAUCCAGGUCUCAGCGGACCCACGCCAUUUGUGCCACCAAGUCAUUUGCCAGCAUUCGCCCCAAAGCAACCACCUCCUGCCGUUGACCCUAAGCCUAAACAAGUGAAGACGGGCCGAUGGAAUGCGAUGCACGUGAGGAUCGCAUGGGAGAUCUACCAUCAUCAGACGAAACAGAAUCCGGAAAAGACAGCGGCAGCUGCGGCGGGCUUGAGUGCAAAGGCGACGGAUCUGCUGAGGCCGCCGUCGCACAUCUUCCCGCCGUCGACAGCGCUUGGGCGGCCACACGAGCUGCCCACGUCCACCUUCCCGCCCACCGGAUUGCCCGGCCGGACGCCCUUCGAGUCGGCGCCGCUCUCCACGAGUUUCCUCACGUCACCAGCUAGUCAUUUAGGGAGCGCAGUAUCUCCGUUCGGACGGUACGCAUCCCCCUUCGGUGGCUCCCCGUUCACCGGACUGUCGCCCUUCUCGCGGGAACUUCCCCUCGGCGGGCCACUGUCGGCGGUUCACGAUCCAUGGCGAAGCACUCUGCCGAGGACUAUUGGGGCGUAUCCGCCGGGUCCGGGCCAGAGUGCGUGGCCUCUGAAGCCAGACCCCAACAUAGAUGCGGCGCGUCGGGAGGCAGAGGAGCGUGAGCGCGAAAUGCGCGAGCGGGAGCAGCGGGAACGCGAGCGUCAGCGUCGUGAGCGCGAGGAGCGUGAGCGGCAGCGUGAGCGCGAGAAGGAGGAGAAGAGGAAAGAGCAGGAGCGCGAGCGGGAGCGCGAAAGAGAGCGCGAGAGGCGCGAGAAGGAGCGGCGCGAGAUGGAGCGGCGUGAGAUGGAGCGCGAGCGGCUGCUGCAGCAGCAGCGGCUGGCGGAGAGUAGCAAGUUGGCGGCCAGCGGCGUGCAGCGCGACAGAUCGCCGCUGCGCAACGGCACGGAUGUGGAUGUGCGCGUGAAGGAGGAACCGCGGAAGGAGGACACGGAUCUGCUGAUGCGCACCGAUCCACGCUAUCACCCCUCGGCGGCCGCCGCUGCGGCCGCGGCGGCGGUGCAUCAUCCCUACUUGGCGGUGCGCCACGGGCCGCACGUGCUGCCGCCGCCGCCGCCGCAUCUCACGCGGUCGAUGCUGCCGCCGUCUCUGGGUGCGCCGCCCAUCACACACUUCCCGCCGCCGCCACCGGGCCCCACGUGGGCGGCCAUCGAUCCGUAUCGGGACCCUUAUCGGCUGGACUCGAUGCUGCGCUACAAUCCGCUGGUGGAGGCGUUCAGGGCGGAGGAGGAGCGCGCCAAGGCGAUGAACGCGUACGCGGCGCACUCGGCGGCUCACCUGCGGGCCAAGGAGCCGAGCCCCGUGCCGCCGCCGCCGCCCUCACACCACAGACUGCCUCCGGGGGCGCUGAAGCCGCCCUCAGCCCCCCAUCUGGCGCCCGGCGGCAUCCCGCUGGGCCCGGACAUGCACAAGAAAGACGACGGCUCGGCGCCGCGAUGAUAGGCGGAACGUGUGGAUUGUGAGAUGCGCGGCAGCAAAGUGAUAUUGAAAUAUUAACUAUUAUUUAAUAUAUAAAUAUUAUUAUAUAUUGAGGAGAUGAUCAGUGGGUAGAGAAUUAGGAUUUAAUAGUAAUUUGUGGACGUUAGAAGAGGCCGAGAAGACGAGUGUGUUUGAGAGGCAAGAUUAGGAAACUACUUAGGAGAAAGUGAUGGCGGAAAAGUGAAUCUCAUUCUUAAUUUAAUAAUUAAAUUAUUGCGCUAGGAGAGACUCUAAAUGGUAGAAGACACAGAAACACACACACACACACACACAAGAUAGGGAUGAAGUGUAUUACCUACUUUCUAAAGAUGAGAAAAAAACACACACAGAAGAAACAUGGAAAUACUGAUAAGUUUAUCAAAUAUUAGUAAAGUAUAUUAAAUUAUUAUCUAAUGUAAUGAAUUGAAGAUAUACAAAAAAAAAUAUUUUAUUUAUAUAUCAAACUUAACUUUUUAGGACACAUGAGAGAAAGAAAGAGAGCAAAAGAAGGAGAAAAUCCCAGUGAGAUGAGAGAAUAAUUGUGAGGAAGAGGCAAAGAAAUUGUGGAACACAAGAGAUUCGAUUUUAUAUAUAUUUAAAAUAAAAAGGAAAAAAAUAUGAGGAAAUGCGAGGAAGGGAAAAUACAAAAUUGUACAUGAAAAUGAGAAUCUAGGCAGCAUAAGUUAUUUAUAACAAGUGAGACAGUAAUUACGUAGGAACCACCAUAUACAUGGAUAAACAGUGGAUUUCAUAACUAUUUACCGUGCAUGAUAACUAGAGGGCGUGUAGUGAAGGCCUAGGCUCUAGGCUAGGCUGGCUAAUGAGUGGCGCUGAAUUGCGAGCAUUUGUGGGACGCAAAACGCGCGCGCGCGCUGGACGACAAGGAAUUUCGCGGAACAAGGUUUAAAGAGAGGAGAACAGAGAGUGUUAAAAGAGAAAUGAAAUCUAGUGAAUAGUGAGAAAGGUGAAAGAGAAAAACAAUUAAUAAUAAUGUAAAGUUACAUGAAAAAAAAAUUGUUGUUGUGUGUGCGCUUAUUUAUUUUCGAUAUUAAGGGUAUGAAGAGAGAUGAUGAGAUUUUUUGGGGGAAACAGAAAGGAGCGGCAAAAGUUGUGCUGAUGCAGAGGAGAAAAAAGAAAGGAAAAAUAGUAUUCGUGGGGGGAAAACUUUGCAUAAAUUAUUAACAUUUAAACGUGAGAAAGUGUGGAGAUGAAACAGGCCGUGUAUAUAACAUUUAAAUAAUACAUUUAAAACAAUUAAUCCAAUAUUUAUUGUGUCUAAAUACACGCAAACAUCAUUCAUCAACGUUAAAAUAUUUACAUUUUCAAUAGCAAUUGAAGGUAAAAAAAAACACACAAACACACGGGAAACAAGAUUAAAUGAAAAAAAAACGUACCAACUCAAUUUGCAUUUUUUAUUUCCAGUCAAAAGAUUUUUCUUUUCAUUAUUAUUUCCGAUUAAAGUUUUCACUCCUUCCGAGAAGGAUGAAAAACAACAAUCUACCAAUUAUUUAAAGACUAAAAACUGAAGAAGAAGAAAAAAGUGAGAAACAUUCAUAAUGAUAACAUGGGAACAUUGUUGGAAACGCGAAUAUGAUUUUAUUUUGCUUUGCCAGAUCUUUUGUACACCAUUUUCCACAUUUUCGGUCUUGAAUGAGCGCGGGAAAGUUUGAACGGAUGCACGUGGAGAAUAUAAGUUUUGGCUGAUAAACAGAAAGUACAAAAAAAGAA